AACAAAAAUUUUAAAUCAAUUUGAAAAAGCGCACAAAAGACAGAAUAAAAAUAAAUGUUUAGCAAAAGUGACAUGUUACCGCGGCUGUUUCUUUAGAAAAGACAACACAUCCACUUUUCCACGGAAGAGAUAUAUAGACUAGCAGUUGGUUUGUGGGAAAAUGAACGCUGUUUCAUGCACUCUAAGAAUAAAAAAAGAUUUUCAAUUUAAUAGUCGUGUUUUAGUAAUUUAUUUCAUAUCUGCAAAUUAUUGAAGACGUGAAAUGCCAUUUGCCACCUUUACGUAGGCAAGCUUGUAUUUCACAUUGGGAAUUUAAAUUUUUUUAUGUGACGGCACGCAAAUUAAGAGAGUGUAAGUUUGAGUUACAUGUAACUUAAAAACCAUGUCAGCAAAACAUUUCGUGACGUGAAUCAAGAGUUUUUGUUAACACGUUAGCAUUUGUCGCAAUGAUAAAAAAUCGCCGCCAUAGUAAAUGGACAAUUAAAAAAACUACGUUAUUUGCGACGCUCCAUUUUUAAGCAAUCAAUAACGUAAAAUUUUUCAUCCUAAAUAUAUCCAAAGUUUAACAGUAACCAUAGUUACAGAUUAAAUACUAAUUGUAUAAAUACAAUCGAGCAGAUCUAAUGUUGUCAUUCAAAUGGGACUAUCCCGCACUAUGAAUAAACUCUUUUUAAUCUGUAACACAAAAAGUUGAGUACCUCCAUUAUAACAUCCAUUUAGGGAGAGCCUACCUUUAGCGGAGUAUACACGCACCUCGAUAGUUUUAUUCCCGAAAGGUAUAAAUUCGGCUUAAUUUAUACUUUGCUUCACCGUUGUUUUAAAAUUUGUUCAAAUUCGUGACUUUUUAUCAUGAGGUUAAUAUAAUCAAAGAUAUAAUUAUAUUUAUUGACGAGGUUAUAAACACGUUCUUUCUACAUCUUCCAAAACCAAAAAAAUCACCAACAGGACUAAGAAGAACAUUUGAUCAUAUUCCCUUUUUUAGGUAAAACAUCUUUACAAACGAGAACGAAGUUAGAAAAACUUAAUCUACUCUGCAUUGUUGUGAACUUUCUGUUGUUUUUAGAACUCACACUCGCUUAUCUAACUUCUCUAGAUUUAAAAACCUGGUGCCUAAAGAAUUAAAGUCAGGCGUCAUAUACUAAUAUGAGCGCAGUGCAACUCCACUUAUAGCGAGACGUCCAAAGGUUGAGGCAAGCGAGCACCUCGGCACCUCGGAGUGUCUGCCUUAACAGAUACAAAGUUAAAGAUCGAUCUCUACAUUCCUUUCCGUCCCAGCUAACUUUCCGCCGUCAUCUUAACAGUAAAAUAGGAUGAUAGAUCAACAACCCACAGUUAACUCGCCUGUUGCAAAGAAAUUUGCACGAUUCGCCUCUAGACUUUGUAUUGUUUUCAUUAUCACUGGUAUCCUAACAUUAUGUUUUGGUAUCAGUGUUUAUCUCACACUACGCACAUCAAGAUUUCCAUUCUACAUACCAGGCGCAUCAAUAUUCAUUUCCUUAUGGAUGAUAUUUACAGCUAGUUUGGGUAUACAUGUUUUUUCUGGUACGUCAAGUAACCGACCAUUGAUUCGACAUUUUAACGCUUCUGCAAUGGCAGCUGACAUCCUUGCUUUUGUGGGUGUUGUAGCAUCAAUAGCUGGAUUCAUAAUGUACCUCGAUUGUAGACGUGUAACUAGACGUUUUAGUCCUGAUAAUCAUUACACCUACACGUUGUGGUCUGCAAAUUUUUGUACAAAAAGUCGAGAUUAUGGGGUGGCUGUGUAUGCUAUGCUUUUCCUGCUCCACUUCUUGCAGUGUAUAAUCUCAAUGGCAACCACAGUAUACGGAUUCAAAAUUUCCAGAAUUGAAAAUAUAGGUCAACAAAGGAAUGGCGAGAUUAUUCAAGCUGAACCUCAUCCAACAUUACUACAAACCUACGCGUCGCAAGACCAAUUCCAAAUACCAAAAUUGCAACAAAAUGAAAUUCUUGUUACGGCAAACACUGGUCAGCCAUUUAUACUGAUACCUGUGACAUCAACUUCUCAGCAGUUGCCAAUACAUCUGCCAAUUGAUUUACUAGCAGGCUCUCCACCACCGUACUCCGCAUAUUGAAUCGUUAGCAGGCUUUCCACCACGUACUCCGCAAGUCGAUUUACAAGCAGGGUGUCGGCCACCGGAUAAAUAUCGAAAAUAAUUAGACCAUGUUGAUGUCAAGAAAGUCGUUUCUCGUGAAAGUAGUUUCUCUUGCACUUUAUCCGUGUUGAUUUCAAAGUUACGUUUUCAACUUCACAUGUCUUUAUAUUAGAGGUCUUACUACGCUUUUACACGCAGCUAUAUUGACAUUGGCCGUAUGGUUAAUGUCAGUAUAUGUAGAAACACGAAUAUUAGAAUCCAACUACUCGUUAGCCCGUGGAAAAAUCCACGGGUUUGCCCGUCCCUUUUAUACCGCAUUGCGUGCAUCUCGCUACCUGCACAGCUAAGCUACCAUUUUGCGUGACAGACAGACGGACGGACGGACAGGUAAUACAAUGUAGAUUACGUAGAUGAAACUUGCGACUUUUCGUCAUUGUUAAAAAUUUUAUAAAGCGUUAGAAAAUUUUGUAUUUGUUAGCGUAAAUAAAUUAUUGUAAAUUUGCUACGUCAGCGUACGCAGGUGCUUUGCCCAUCUGUUGGAUUAUUUAUAAAUAGGCAAAUAUAAAUACUCGUUAGUUCUUUUUUUAUUAUUAUUAUUUCAUAAGAAU